UUUGAUACUGAAGCUAAAAAUUUUAUCACGAAAUUCCCAUUCGCUCGUUUAUGACGUAUGUAGAUAGGGUGUACCUACUCGUACUGUAGUACUACGUACAUUAGUCAUGGAAUUUCGCGGGAAAACCUACGCGGAAUGUUUUUAUUUAUACGGGCCAACGAGUCGUAAAUAUACGUUAGUUCGAGUCGAGAUACUGCACUCGUCGAAUCAUUUUGAUUUUUCAAUACUUUGAAUUUCUUUUAAUUGUUAGCAAGUUUGAAUAGAUCUACUUGAAUUUUAUUCUAGUUUCGUUGUUAUCUGUACUUAAUAUUGUGCUUGAAAAAUAAAAAUGCAACCGGGUCCAGGCUGUUAUGGAUAUUCGAUUGAUUCUGCUAGUGCGAUGGCACUUUAUUUUACUAUUGUUAUAAACAUAUUGAUGCUCGCUUCGUGGAAUUUCGAUGAUCAAGCUGAUAAAGAACUCCUGGGAGAAGACUUCGAAGUCAAGAAAUACCUCAUUCUGGGUCAAACGAUGCUGUGUGUAUUCGGAACCGUGAUGUUUUUCAAACAAUACACAUCUGCUGUGAUGAUUUUAUUAAAAUUCUGGGUAUUCGGAGCAAUCGUCGUUUCGCUAUUUCUAGAUCUAAUGUGUACCAUCACAACUACCCUACAUUUAACCUUGGAAAAAGGCUUGGACAGAUUUUGGAAAUUGAGAGAUCCUGUAGCUACAACUGCGCCUGAUACUUUACAUUUAUUUGUGAUCGCUUUAUUAUUUUUCUAUUUUGUUUUCAAACUACACGUGGCCAUAAUUGUAUUCAGUUUUGGAGGUACUUUCACCAAAAGCGCGUGGGAUGACGUACACUUGGUAAAUGAUAUCGAACGUAAUGCUUCCAGUGAACGAACCGACCCACCUACACCUCCUCCGCAGUAUGAUCAAUGUGUAAUGGAAUCGGAGAAACCGCCUUCAUAUUCUUCGUCGAUGGAAAUUUUCAAGUAUUAAAAUUGAGGAUGAUUUUUUUCGAAUUUCCACUGAUCUCUUACAUUAAGAUGAUGAAUUAAAAUUGAGAUAUUUCAUAAGAGAAUCUCAUACAUUAGGGGUCAUGGAUAGAUUUGAUCUUUUUUAAAAAUAAAAAGAGGCGAGGGAUCAGUAUUGCUGCAAGAAUUCUAGUUUCCAAAUGCACGAACUCGAAAAAAAUAGGAAAUUUGAAGCUUUCAACACCAGAAGUGUAAAAAGGGCCAAGAAAUCGAUUAGUUGAAAUUUCACUUCAGUUCAAACUGUUCAAACCCAUCAAGGUCAUUACUCAUUACUUAUACGAUUGCCAUUCUAAAUUUUGUUUUCUAGUCUCAUAAGAUCAAAUGGAUUUUUACAACUCCGGAUGAAAAUUCUCUUUUAAAAAGUGGACUUGUAGUCCAAAAUGUUCCUUUCAUUAGUUUACUAAUUUUCAUUUUUUUUAAAUGAACGUGUUUCUGUGAUCUUUAUUUUAUUUUUUACACGAUUUUUUAUAAUAAUUUAUAAUGUUUUGUUUUGUAGAUAAUAGGUACCUAUUAUUUUUUUGUACUGUAUUGUGUGUUUAUAAUAAUAUGAUCUUCGACUUUUAUAAUAAGCAACAUUUUUCAAUAUUUCUACGUAAAUUUUGAAAAUAAAUAUUUUUAUCAUUUUUUAUAA